AUGUCUCGGUCCCGCCAUGCGAAGCCUUCCAAAGCAGUCAGGACAGGUCUACAGAAGAAGAAAACGACAUCAAAACAGGCUGCCAAACAUGGGGAAUCAGGGAAGCUGAACCCUGGAAAGCUGAACCAACUAACUCAAAGAGAUGGUAAGAAAGAAGCAGAAGACAAACCCCCCACACCACCCAGAAGCCUUCUGACCAGAGCUGGGGCAGCCAGAAUGAAUCAGGAUAGGAUUCAAGUUGAGAGUCCAGAGUCCUUAGCUUCCAGUGGGUUUACAAUGGCUCUACGAAGAAGCUCUCUGAGCAGGAGACUCUCCCAGAGCCCGGUAGUUACACCCAGACCUAAGAAAGUGUCACCUGCUAAGAGUGCUUCAAAGCAGCAGUGUCAUGGUACUCAGGAUGGCGAUACCCAGGAUGGCGACGAUACCCAGGAUGAUGUGGUGACGCAGCACUCAGAAAAUGAUUGCAUCCCCAGCCAAGAUCCCACCGUGUCCCCGGAUCCAGAGAACCUAAUUGGUGAAGAGAGCUUGUGUUUAGUUGAAGGUGAGAUCCAAGAGAUAACCCAGUCUUGGCCUCAAACAAUAGAAGGUUCCCAAAGCUGCCCUGCAACAGAUACUCCUUCUGGGCCACUGGAAGGGACACACUGUGAGGGACUACUCACUCUUCAGACAUCAGAUGAUGUCAGCACAUCCCCUCAGGAGUGUGCACCUUUGUCCCAAAGAUCAACUCCCGAAGUCACCUCUCAGAAAGACAUUAGCAAUCAGUUUGAAGCCUUGGGGUCACAAGUAAACUCUCUUAAGCGAUCAGAUCCUCCCCUGAAUCCUAUGGGAAGUGAAUCUAAUUGCUUUCCCACCUCCAGUUUUAAGAUUCUACCUGAAUUGGACCUUAAAAACUGCUUGUCUCUUGAUGGGUCCAUGUAUCCCACGGCUCUGAUAAGAUUCCUCUUGGCAGGCUCACAGCCAGACACACUUGGUGCUAAACUCCAAGAAGAAACUCUCAAAACUAACCCAGACCAAGGUGGAUGCUAUCCAGGUCAAUAUAUAUUUGGUGCUAAACCCCAAGAGGGAAUCCUUAAAACUAACCCUAAUCAAGGUGGAUGCUACCGAAAUCAAGAUACACUUGGUGCUAAACCCCAAGAAGAAACCCUCAAAACUAACCCAGACCAAGGUGGAUGCUAUCCAGAUCAAUAUGUAUUUGGUGCUAAACCUCAAGAAGGAAUCCUCAAAACUAACCCAGACCAAGGUGGAUGCUAUCCAGGUCAAUAUAUAUUUGGUGCUAAACCCCAAGAGGGAAUCCUUAAAACUAACCCUAAUCAAGGUGGAUGCUACCCAAAUCAAGAUACACUUGGUGCUAAACCCCAAGAAGAAGCCCUCAAAACUAACCCAGACCAAGGUGGAUGCUAUCCAGAUCAAUAUGUAUUUGGUGCUAAACCCCAACAGGGAAUCCUCAAAACUAACCCAGAUCAAGAUACGCUUGGUGCUAAACCCCAAGAAGGAAUCCUCAAAGCUAACCCAGAUCAAGGUGGUUGCUACACAGAUCAAGAUACACUUGGUGCUAAACCCCAAGAAGGAAUCCUCAAAACUAACCCAGAUCAAGGUGGAUGCUACACAGAUCAAGAUACACUUGGUGCUAAACCCCAAGAAGGAAUCCUCAAAACUAACCCAGAUCAAGGUGGAUGUUACCCAGAUCAAGAUACGCUUGGUGCUAAACCCCAAGAAGGAACCCUCAAAACUGACCCAGAUCAAGGAGGUUGCUACCCAUAUCAGCUUCUGGAUGCCAUUUCUGUCCUUGGACAGGCUUUCAGUGCGCUCCCACCUCAGUGGGUAUUUCCUGGUGCUAACUUAGUUCCUGGGGAGGCCCUGGGCAAGGUUUCAGGCCCACCAGAGGAUCUUGGUGCUAUAACUAUGCUAACCCCACAAGGAACGAUGAACAUGAAUAUGGCUGCUUCCCCAGGUCUGCCUGUCUUCCUUCCAAACCCUUCACUCCCAUUUGUUACCUACAGCAUUCCUCCCGGGCCCGAGCCCCACAGCUAUGCCUCCUGUGGGCUUGAGGUCCAAGGUGCUAUCCCUUUAACUUUGGACUCAGGACAUGCUCCCCAACCUCCAGCAAGCUCUGAGAUAAGUUCAAUACCUCCAGCAAUAGCUGCAACCAGUGUCCAAGAUGAGAAGCAGUUUUGUGCCAACCCUUCUCCAGCGAACACGCAAGGGUUUACCAUUGACCCUGAGAGUGGACUCCAGCAUGCUCCCCUGGAUCUUACCCAGGGCUCUCAGGCUACCUCCAGCAAAUUGGAAGGGGGGAUUUCUCAGGUCAAUACGGCCAGCUCAGCUGAUGUCAAAACCACUGGGAUGUCGACGCCAGUGUCACAGGCCAGUACCUCUUCUUCACAAAAAUCUACCCCGUCAACUGUGGAGAGGAAGAAACGGAAGCCGUGCGGGGUCUGUGAGCCCUGCCGACAGAAGACCAACUGCGGUGAAUGUACCUACUGCAUGAACAGAAAGAACAGCCACCAGAUCUGCAAGAAGAGGAAAUGUGAGGUGCUCAAAAAGAAGCCGGAUGCCACUUUGGUACAGGUUACAAAAGAGAACAAGAGGCCCCAGAGGGAAAAGAAGCCCAAAGUUUUAAAGAGAGACACUAACAACAAACCAGUAAAUGGCCCCAAAUCAGAGUCCAUGGAAGACAGUCAAUGUGGCCAUGGGGAAGAGCAGAGAUUGGAUUUGAAUUCACAACCCCUUGACAAUGUAGGGAAGAAUGCAGAAAGCAUGACAGGAAUCGAGGUGGAGAAUUGGACACCAAACAAGAAAUCAAGCCCAGCAAGUCAAGUCAAGGGAGACCUUGAUACAAAUUUAACUGAGGUUGGAAAGCCCCAGCCCUCUGAAGAUGACAAGCAAGAAAGCCAACCUUCCCCGAUGUUUCCUCAGGCCAUAAGAAACGGCAUGAAAAAUGUGUACUGUUUACCUAUGGACACAAACCUCCCGAUCAACAAAUUGGAUCUUGAAGAAAUUAGCAAGGUGCUGGGAAAUAGUUCCUCGAAAUUGCUACCUGGCCCCUCAAAUGGCAAUGAUGCCAUGAACUCCCUCACUUCCGAUAGGAGCUGCGAUCAUCUCAAGGGGACAAGUGACACUUUGCUCUUCCUGAAGCCUGGCUUGAACUGCCAAUCUGCUGCAGACUCCACCAUCCCUAAGAAUCAUCCUAAUACACACAGUACUGGCUGUCAACCUGAAAGUCCCGAGGAGGUACCUAGUAAAGAGCCAAAAGAUGACUCUCCAGUUCAGCCAAGUCUUUUAUCACUAAUGAAAGACAGGAGACUCACCCUGGAACAAGUGGUAGCCAUUGAAGCCCUUACGCAGCUUUCAGAAGCUCCAUCUGAGAAUUCCUCGCCAUCAAAGCCGGAGAAGGGUGAAGACACAGAUCAGAGGACAGCUAGUCUGCUUGACAAUUGCAAGGCUAUCCUUAAUUCUGUGAGAAAAGACCUCCAAGACCCAAAUGUAAAGUGUCUUCAGCAUCAGAACCCAGAGUUCAAGUUGCCGGAGAGUUCAGCGACUAACCAAACACUUGAAGAUUUGACCUCACUUACAGCUGGAGACAAACCUACCCUUGAUAGUUCAUAUCCAUUGCCAGUAGAAAGUCAUAAUCCAGAAGACUGCAGUCAGGCACUAAACGGCGACCAAAAGCUGAAUUCCCAGCAUGAGCCACCAUGCCAGGAUGUGCCCUACAGUCAAAUUGAAGAAGAUGUUGCAGCACAAUUAACCCAGCUUGCAUCCACAAUUAAUUACAAUCACAUAAACCCAGACGUCAAGAAUGCCGGAAGUAUACCAGGGAGCCUUGCUGCAAAGAAUUCACAGCAGAAACCUAAUCAGGAGAAAGGCAUGGCACAAGAGAAACCAGCGUCGAGUAUACAAAACAAACCCAGUGUACCACCAGUAAAGCCAAAGAACAAGACCCAGAAGAAAGCAAAACAGACCCCCAAAACAGACAAGCGGAAAAAGGAGCCUCCACUCCCUAGCUCUCAAGAAAACGAUCAGAAGCAAGAACAACUUGCAACGCAGUAUAGUAAGAUGCAUGACAUUUGGAUAUCAUCCAAAUUUCAAAGAUUUGGCCAGUCUGGUCCACACAAUGUUCCUGACAUGUUUGGAAACCUUCCUAUCUUUUACCAGAAAUUAAAACCAAUAGCUCAGAAUAACAUACCCUUACAACCCAGUAUGACGUUUCUUCCUCUCCGUCAGAUAAAAUUCACAAGACAAUCUGAAUUGGCAAAGGAGAAUGUUAAAGUCGAGCCACCAGAUGCUCUACCAACAUGCCAAAUCAAGACAGAAUCCAGCGGGCAGGCGUUUGCAGAGCCGGUAGACAAUUCUCAGGUACAACCCUCAGUGAAUAUCAGUGAGAAAGCUCACCCUCUGCCUCAGCCCUCCCUUCAAUCUAACCAGUGUGCUAACACGAUGCCUGGUGCUGCUCAAACACAGUUACAACUAGGCGCUCAAGAGAACCUGGUGCACCCGAUACCACCGACGUUGCCUGGUACCUCUCCUGAGACACCCUUGCCAGACCCAGCAUCCAUCCUCAGGAAAGGGAACGUGUCAAGUUCCAACGGAAUGGCAGGUGUGAAUGCGAAGUCGGAAGCGCAAGCACCAAGCCAUGGACCACGGGGUGACUCCGCCACACACAGUGUCCAGACGGAGUUUUUUGAGCGCAUCAAGAAAUACCUUAGAGACCCUGCAAAAUUCCUGCAACCUGAAGCGAAUGAGACGGACGAGCCAACCUGUGACUGCAAUGAUGGAGGUACACAAAAAGACAAAGGCCCAUAUUAUACACACCUGGGGGCAGGACCAAGUGUUGCUGCUAUCAGGGAGCUCAUGGAGACUAGGUAUGGCCAGAAAGGAAAGGCAGUUCGAAUUGAGAAGGUAGAGUACACGGGGAAAGAAGGCAAGAGCUCGCAGGGCUGCCCAGUCGCCAAGCGUAUACUUAGAAGAUCCGGUUCCGAAGAGAAGAUUCUUUGUUUGGCCCGGGUGCGUCCUGGUCACUACUGCACGACGGCGGUGAUGGUUGUGGUUAUCAUGCUCUGGGAAGGCAUCCCUCGCCUGAUGGCCGACUAUCUGUAUGAUGAGCUUACAAUGAACUUGAGGUCCUACAGCGGGCAUCCCACUGACCGCAGAUGUACCCUCAACGAAAAUCGUACGUGCACCUGUCAAGGUCUCAAUCCAAUGACGUGUGGCGCAUCUUUCUCCUUUGGCUGUUCAUGGAGCAUGUUUUUAAACGGCUGUAAGUUUGGGAGAAGCCCAAACCCCAGAAAGUUCAGACUUGCUCCAAACUAUCCAUUAAACAGCUACUAUAGGAGAAUUACUGGAUCACGACGUUUUGGCAGAAGAAGACGCAUGAAACCCGUAAAACCUAGACAGAUGUUUCCAGAACACAGGGCUCAGGAAAAGAAACUUGAAGAACUUUUUCAGAAAUUGGCUGAUGAUUUAGCUCCCGUUUAUAAGCAGAUGGCUCCGGUGGCUUAUCAAAAUCAGGUGAAAUAUGAAGAUGUCGCUGGAGACUGUCGACUUGGUACUAAGAAAGGCCGUCCUUUCUCUGGUGUCACCUGUUGCUUGGAUUUCUGUGCCCAUUCUCACAGGGACAUUCACAACAUGAUUAAUGGAAGCACUGUGGUUUGUACUUUGCUUCGUGAAGAUGUCCGCGACACGAAUAAUCCCGAGGACGAGCAGCUCCACGUCCUCCCACUACACCGGCUUGCCGACACCGAUGAAUUUGGCUCCCGAGAGGGAAUGGAAGAAAAGAUCCGCUCUGGGGCCGUUGAGAUCGUUCAGCCAUCCAGGAAGAAGCAACUACGUUUCAAUGAGCCCAUUCCUCGGUGUGGGAAGAGGAGAACGACUAUGAUGGAGCAGAACAAGAAACCGGCUCCCGCAGCACUGAAAAGGAAGAGGAGCUCGUCCAGUUCAGACAACACUAAAAGCUUCUCAUCAGCCUCCUCUACUCAUCACCCGGUGAAUGAAGAAGCAGCUGCCUGUAUGUACAAUAACACAGCCUCAGGCGGGUUUCCAGAAACAAGUAGCGGGCUCCCCUGCACAAUGCCCUCUGGUGCUAAUGUAGCUGCUGGUGCUGGAACUGAACAGCCUGGUGAAGCAGCUCCUCUUCCUCAACCCUCUCUCCCCACAGCAGACACCCCUCUCUCUAGCCCAUCCGAGCAGCUACCAUUCCUCAACUGUGCUCACGAACUGGAUUCCUGUCAGGUGGAAGACGGGCAUCACUCUGAAGCAGAUGAGCCUCUCUCAGAUGGUGCCCUGUCAGAUGACCAGUCCUCCGAGGAUGACGAACCUCAGAUUCAGGAGUAUUGGUCAGACAGUGAGGUGGUCCUCCUUAAUCCUAGCUAUGGCGGAGUGGCCAUAGCACCCAUUCAUGGUUCAGUGUUGAUUGAAUGUGCCCGGAGAGAGCUUCAUGCUACCACCCGUGUGAUAAAUGCCAACCGAAAUGAACCCCUACGUAUGUCCCUGGUAUUCUACCAGCACAAAGGCCUGAUUCUCCCCUGCCAUGGUUUUUAUUUCAACAGGAUUAAGUUUGAGUCUAAAAUUUUUAAGAAAAAGGCUGCAGAACGGAAGGGUCCUGAUAUAUCAUCAUUUGUAGCCAAUUUGCUGUGCAAUAUUCCUUCUCGUAUUGCACCAACCUUAACCCGUGACAAUGUUGUCACUGUGUCCCCUUAUGCGCUCACUCAUGUUGCAGGACCCUACAACCAUUGGAUCUGAAGGCUUUUUUCCCAUAAUGCCUCUGCUAGCGCAGUGUAGUUCCUACGGUGCUGUUCAAAAGAAAGUCACAUUGUUGUUUACUUCCUGUAUCUUCAUUUCACCCAUUUCAACUCCGAGGUCAAAAUUAUGAAGUGGGUGGGUACUUAACUGUGACUAUUUUGAUUGAGAACUGAAGGUAUACAUUCUCAGCAAAGAUAAUGGUUUUAUAUCUUGGUUAGGUGUUGACCAUGACAGAAUCAUAGUUUGGUGCUCAAAUUAAGUUUCUUUACUACAAAGAGGAUUUUAACAGGUUCCUACAAUAAGAUGUAAAAACCAAGACACACAGUGUUCGCUCUAUAGUUCCUGGUGCUUAACCACAUAACAUGUAGUAAUGAGCUGAAUGAUUGUUUCAUGGUGCCGUCCUUCCAGCAUCUUCCGGUCAUUGCUAUAUGUCUGCACAUUUGAAAUAAACCAAUGAAAUGCUUUCUCUUACAAGAUCUCUCCUGUAUAAAAUAGUUCUUUAUUCUAGUGAUGAUUGGAGGCUAUUCGUUAACUGUAAAUAUAUAUAUUUUUAAAAGCACUUUCUAUUUUUAAAAGUAACUUGAAAUAGCAUAGUAGCAGAAUCCUAUUGUCUAUUAUGUAUGCAUAUUUGCAUAGCAGAAAAGUCAUUUAUUGUGUAGAGUUCCAUCCUAUUAACUGCAGCCUGUAUUUAAAUCUGUUCUCUAAUCAUUAAAUCCAAAAAAAUUGAAAAAAUUUGUAUUUGAAAUACAAAUUACCACCAAUAUCAUUUCCCCCCUUUUAACUAGAAAAGUAUUGUCUUUAGUGUCCUUAUGAUUGAUGUUUUCAUCAUGACACAUGUUUUUAAUGGUAGAAGGGACAAAUUGGGAUCAAUCAAAUCCUCCCAGUGUUUCCACAGGAGAAUAGUUAAGUAACUUUUUCCUCCCAAAUGAGAAAUAAUUGAGGGGGAAAAUUCUAUUACCACUAUUGCUUCUGGCCCAGAGUCACAUAGAAAAAUUUAUGCUGUAAGCCAAUUAAGAGCCUAACUAUUCAUUAAUCUUAACCUUUUAGGUUUAGGUUAUCGACAAUUUAAUUGGCAAUUCAAACUUCUUUGGUAAUCCCCAUUUUGAAGGUCACAGGUAAAACUGGCAUUCUGAUUAUUUUCAUGUUUCAAGGGUCUUGCCAUAUAUAUAUAUAUAUAUGCCAAGAAAGACACCCUAAAUAAAACCUAGAACCAAAAGAAAUACAAAUGCCCAGGUGCUAUGACAUUCAAAGAAUUGGAUUUUCCAGAAGUCCAGGAACCCUAAUGGUGCUUCUCAGAUGCCAUACGAAGUCCACGACUAUCAUCAUAAUCUUGGUGCAAAUGCAAACAGUUCCAGCAAAGCUCUCUAGAGAAUAACUUAUUAAAAUAAUAUAUGGUGCAAAGUUUCUGACUAAGGGAAUUGAAGGGGUUGGGAUUGUAAAUAAAGUGUCCAUCAACA